UUUAUCAAAAAAUCGCAACUUGAAUGGAUUAAUUUUGACCAAUUAAAAAAUAUUAAAAUUAUCGGUAAAGGCGGUUCCAGCACUGUAUAUUCAGCAAUUUACAAGAACCGAACCGUUGCACUUAAGGAAUUUUUUGGGACUCAGGAUGGAUCAAUACUUUUUUUGGAGGAG